AGUCGUCAAACAGUCGGCCGCUCGUCAUCGUCACUGUUCACUGCACUCGACAACGGUCUGCCACGUUUUCACUAACGGAACGGCUUUUUUUCCGAAUUUUUUUUUUCUUCAUCUCAACCGACCAUCGCGUGCAUUUAAUCCCCGACGAUGAGGAGCAGCUGGUUACGCGCGUUGGCCGCGGUGUGCGCCGCCGUGGCGCUGGCCCAGGCCGCCGAACCGCAGCAGCAACAAGGCCAGUCUGAGACGCUGGCCAACGGUCUGAAGAUCGAGUACGUGUACACGUUGGAUGGAUGCGAGCCCAAGUCCAAGAAUAACGACAUGCUCACCAUGCACUACACCGGCAAGCUGGUGGACGGCACCAAGUUCGAUUCGAGUCAUGACCGAGACCAGCCAUUCACUUUCCAAUUGGGCGUGGGACAAGUGAUCAAGGGAUGGGAUUUGGGAUUGACCAAAAUGUGCGUCGGUGAAAAGAGGAGGCUGACCAUACCAGCCAAUCUAGCUUACGGCGACCGCGGAGCCGGAAACGUCAUUCCCGGAGGAGCCACUUUGGUGUUCGACGUCGAGCUGUUGAACGUUGGCGACCAAGCGCCCACCACAAACGUGUUCAAGGAAAUCGACCAGGACCAGGACAAACAGCUGUCCAGGGACGAGGUGAGUGAAUAUCUGAAAAAGCAGAUGGCAGCCCGAGGGCGCGGAGGGUGGUGAUGACAUCAAGCAGAUGAUGUCCGACCACGAGAAGCUUGUCGAGGAAAUAUUCCAACACGAGGACAAGGACAAGAACGGGUUCAUAUCGCAUGACGAGUUCACCGGGCCCAAGCACGACGAGCUUUGAUGAGGGACACGGCAGAUGUAUUAGUUGGGGAGGGGGAAUGGAAAUGGUCGGGAGGAGCCGGUUGACGGAAUUACGCCGUGCACGUCAUCUUAUGGCAUAUUACAAUAUAUUAUAAUAUAUAUGUAUACACAUUAUGAUAUCUGGACGCAAGUGCUCGCUUAAUCGAAGUACUCCAGCAUUAUUUUUCUUAUUAUAAUAUUAUUAUUAUUAUUGUUUUUAUUUUAAUUACUUUUAUUUUUUGGGAAAGUUUGCCAAAAACCAAAAUCCCUCUCUGAGAGAAAUGUUUUAAUUUUAUUUCUUUUUAUGAAUAAUAUAUAAUUAUAUUUAUUUGAUUCAGACACAAAAUUAGCAUAAUAUACAUCUUUAUAAUAUUAUUAUGUAUAGUUGUAAUUGGACUACUAUACUAUAAGUAUACUAUACAUUUUUUAUAGUCCGUGGAUUUUUUGUUUAAUUGAAAACUUUUGUAAGAAGACUGUUGUAAUAAAAAUGUUUUAUAUAU